GAACCAAGCUCGCUCUGUUCUGAAUAACUGUCCUCCUGCUCCCGAGGACAGUCCCACCCCAGGCGCCCGUGCCCACCCCUGGGAGAGCGACGCGCUGCACCCCGCACCGCGGAAAAUCUGCCUCUUCCUUCCCGUCGUGCCCCUUUCCUCAGGGGCGCGCCCUCGUUCCCGCCCCUGCCCGACAAGACCUCUAAGGAACGCAAGGUCUCCGCCACCGCCCCCCGCCGCCCCGUCCUGGUCCUGGAGGCCGCAGCCCCGCGCGGCCGCAGCCCGCGCCCCCGUCCACCGCCUCCCUUGGGGGCCCGCUCCAUCCCUAGGCUCCCCUCCCCUUCCUCCUUCCCGGCCGCCGCCCGGCUGCGCAGCCCUCAGCCUCUGCCCCAGCGCUCGCGCCCAGGCGAGCCUCCCCUCCGGGCGCACAGCCGGCCUCCCCGGCGGGGCGGCGGGUCCCGGGGGAGGCUCCGCGCCCAGCCCGCGCUCCUUUGUGCGGCGGGCGCUGCGUCAGGGCGGAGGCGCGGCCGCGGCCACACGCACACUCACGCGCCAGCCCCCGGGGGCGGCGGAAGGCGGCGCGGAGGAGGGAGCCGCCGACCCAAUCGCUGCGCCCCCGCCCGCCCGGCCGCGCCGCCUCCGCCAUUGCUGCGCGCGGGAGUGGGCGACGCGGAGCUCGGAGCCGCUCGGAGCCCAGACCUGCGGAGCCGGGCGUGGGCGGCAGCUUCGGGUCCUCGGAACGAUGGUGAAGUUGGGGAACAAUUUCGCGGAGAAGGGCACCAAGCAGCCGCUGCUGGAGGAUGGCUUCGACACCAUUCCCCUGAUGACGCCCCUCGAUGUCAAUCAGCUGCAGUUCCCGCCCCCGGAUAAGGUGGUGGUGAAAACCAAGACCGAGUAUGAACCUGAGCGCAAAAAAGGAAAAGCUCGUCCUCCCAAGAUUGCCGAGUUCACCGUCAGCAUCAGCGAGGGUGUCUCCGAGAGGUUCAAGGUCUCUGUGCUGGUCCUCUUCGCCCUGGCCUUCCUCACCUGCGUCGUCUUCCUGGUCGUCUACAAGGUGUACAAGUAUGACCGCGCCUGCCCUGAUGGCUUCGUCCUCAAGAAUACCCAGUGCAUCCCAGAAGGCUUGGAGAGCUACUAUGCGGAGCAAGACUCCAGUGCCCGGGAGAAAUUUUACACCGUCAUAAACCACUACAACCUGGCCAAGCAGAGCAUCACCCGCUCCGUGUCACCCUGGAUGUCAGUUCUUUCGGAAGAGAAGCUGUCAGAGCAGGAGACUGAAGCAGCUGAGAAGUCGGCUUAGCGAGAUGGGCAAGUUCCUUACAAUGCAUCACUUGAAGAUGAUAAAGGGACUUUGAGGGACAUUUCAUUAAAUAUAAUUACUGAUAAUUUAGAGGUUACUCAUUUACGGUGCAAUUGCUUCUGUUUGCUAAUGCUGCUUUGCAAAUAAAACCUCCUGCCGACCACCCAUGGGCGUAAAACCAAGUGCAUAUCAGCGUUGCUUAAAGAGCUCUGGCACCACUUUUUAUGCUAAGGGUUCUUAAUUUAGCCCCAUCACUGGGAUUUAUUGGAUGCUGUCAAAAAAUAAAUUUACCCUGGAUGUGCAAGGGCUUUGGCCUUCAGACACACAGUGCAUUUUGUGGAGUUGAGUUUCAAAGCCACCUUGCUGUCUGCAGACCUUACCCCACAGCCAUAUCUAGAGGGAUCUCCUGCUUUGCUAAGAGCAAGUGCUACUUCAGUCUCCCCACCCCCAUCAGGUGGUGCCACAGAGGACAAGAGCACCAGCUGGUAGAUCUGCACCAGGGUGUGCUCUUCUUACAGCUGCCCCAGACUCUGGUCCCCUCUGGCUCUGGUACACUACGUGAGAGGCUCUCUCUAGAGUGCUUGGACUGGGGCAGAGGACAGAGGGGGUGGGAGGAGCUGGUCUUGGGGCUGCAGACCUGUCUUGAGGGUGGGCUGUCUGCUGGUGAUGUGUUAAAUAGGAAAGAAAUGCCCUUUUGUUCAUUUCAUUAUGAAUCAAUUUGCACGAACAGUCCUGUACGCAAGUUAAUUUUUUAAAAAGUUCACUGGGUGGGGAAUGUGAAAAUUUAAUCGCUCGUAAGCCAGGGCUACUUUAAGCUUUAUUCUUGGACGGAUAUAAUUCCUUGAUGUAGCAAACAGCUGGGGGGGAGGCUGGUGUGGCACCCUGCAAACCUGACAUUUCAAUCCACAAUCUUUGUAAGAAAAUUGUUUCAAUUUGAAUCUUGACAUUAUAUGUUUACAAAAUUGCCAGUUAGAUAAACUAUGUGUGUAAGACAAUUAAAUAGAAAAAAAGAUA